UGUUGUUAUUUCUCAUCGUUCAGCCAAAAGCCCGAACACAAGCACCCCGAGUGCGCGACCUGGUCCGCUUCACAGCUCGAACAUCGGAGAAGCCAUUGAGGGGGCGAGAUCCCUGACCGAUUUGUUCUUCUCGGUUCCCGAUCGCAACCUGUCAAUUGCUGUCAAAUCUUGACAUAUGCACUGUCGCAACUUUCUAGAACCGCCAAAGACGCAGUCAUGGCCCACGCACAUGCACACCCGAUCCCCCAUGACCUCUUCACUCAAGAGACCCCUCCGUCACCAGCCCUGACAAACCCGGAUAUGAUCCUUCCAUAUCGACCUCUCGAAAAUCCAAGCCCAAUACCACUGGCUUCCUCCCCUAUACUACUGGCAUCACCUUCCCCUGCGCGACCCGAUUCCGCUGUGUCGUUGACUUCACCUGACUACGAGGUGCCCAUGGAAUUAGGAGUUGCGACAACGGUCCGAAUGCCGCCACGCAUGGUGGCCCCAAUCGACACAAACUACUAUGGCUACGAACACGGUGCGCCGCUCAGUGAUAUCGGGGAAGAGGAGACCCCGAUAUCAAGGAAGAGUCGAGCAACGGAUUAUUUUGCACAUUCGGACCCGCCGUCACCUACACCUGGUGGUGCAAACAUGCGACAGUCGCGAAGACUCAGUACGCAAUCUUCAUCGAGUACGGGGUCGGAUCUGGGGGACUGGGAGAACUUUGAUACGUCCAAGAUUAUGAAUGAACGACUUGCUGCCGAUGUCGCCAAAGUGCCGGACGACAAGGUGGACGGGAGUGAUAGUAAAAGGAAUAGUAUGGUUGGGAUGGGUGCUGAGGACGAAAUGGCGCUGCUCAAUGAACGGGCAGAAAAGAUCUUAGCACAAGCAAGGAAAAGAUUAACUACCAUGGAAGACAACUUGAGUAAAGCGCGACACAGCGUCCUUCUAUCUUCGCGCUCUUCACCGAACAUGAACGCUGAGCUGCAUCAACCCGCUGGAGGACUCUACCGCUCCAUCUCCUUGGCUGGCGCCAGUUCACGCAAGCCCCGGAUGUUGACUCAGGUCACACGGUCCAAUUCGACGCAUUCCAGAGGUGGCAGCGAUACAGCACUCAAUGGUGGCUUGAAGCGUUUAUCGAUGAUUGCAGAGUCAAGGUCUGCAAGUGCUCUGGAAUAUGGUCUUCGACAGGAAUCGCCGCAACAGUUCGAGUCCUCACCCAGGCCUCGAGCCGAAGGAGCAUCGCCUACUAGCAAUCACAGUCAUGACUCGCCUCUGAGGGCUCUCAAGGAGGAGGACGAAGGCACGCCCAGCACGAUCAAAACUUCUCCUGAAUCGUCAGGACCUCGAGGGCUUGGAAUCAAUACUCUUGCCUCCAUAUCCAGAGAAGAUGUUUCUGUCCUUCCUAGCAGUCCAAGCACCACAAUCGCUCGGUCACCUUCACAGAUGUCGAGCCGUUCCACAAAAGAGAUUCGGGAGCAAAUGUCGGAUUUGCGAAGCAGGAUCUCCGAUCUGAGGGAGAAAGCGCAAGCCGACAGCCUCAGAAGGAGAAGCAUGCAGAGCGUUCGCACACCCAGUCCGUUCACAAAUGCCAAGUCGCCGGAACAAUGGUACACCAGUGCGCCAGAAUAUAGAGAAGCAGGCAGUCCACUCAAUACAAAUGCAGGACUGGGCUGGAGCCCCUCUCAGCACAAAAGCCCAGUCGAAAUCCAAGUCACUCCCGUGACGCCUCAGGAGCAAAAGUUCCUUCAUGUGGAUCAACCAGCCACAAAUGAAUCCAAGCUCAAUAGUGUCGCCAAAACCGAUAAAAAUACCCCGAGCUUACACAAGUCCGUCAACGUCCUGCCUCCUCCUGGCAAUGAGGCUGGGUCAGUUGUUCAAGAAUCUUGCUAUGAGGAUGCAGCCCAAGCUUUGGACGAGGAAGAACCAGUUGCUGCUUCAGAAGAAGAACAAAUCUAUCUUAAUGAAGUCCUCCAGGAGAGUCUGGAGGAGGUGGAGCCAGAUGUUCCUGAUCUGCCAGAACACCUUCUGGCAACUGAACAAGCAGCAGGAAGACACGAAGACAGAUACGAUGCCUUCGAUUAUGAGAACAUGUUUCUCCACAGCGCUCUAGGCAAUUACACCGGAACGGGAACGCGAAGUGAGACUCCGAGUGAAAGCGAUACUAGCAGCUUGAUGACAACUCGAGCAGAGCAAAAUACGCCAACCGCCGAAGAUGAUGACGAAGAGCCGACAGACUCUGAAUCAGUUGAUGGAGAAAGGUCGGGUACCCCAACCCCAGUGGCGGACAAGUUCUCGCAACAACUAUCGCAGGCGCCACCUAUGGCACAUAUGCGGACGCCCUUAAAGCCCUGGAUGAAGAACGUUCGAAGUAAUAGCAUGGAUUCUGUGUCCACUGUGGCAACUUUCGCUACCGCGACAGAAGGUGAUGGGCAUGAAGAAACUCAAAGUGAGGAUGGUCUACCAACUGAGAUCUUAACCUGGGGACAAGGCAUUGAUGUAUCCCAGCGCCCAAAGAGCUCGGGGGCUAAAACGAUUCCACCAGUUUGGCAGGCACCUCCCGUGACUGGCCCAGCUUUGCGGCCAGGAACCAUGUCGCCGCAGAAGGCUCGUCAGCAGGCUACAGUGGUCACUAAUGGGAUCCCGACACCACCUACCCAAUCACCGAAUAUGGUGUCCACUGUGUCGCCAUCGUCUGUCGAACGCCAGCCUCCACCACCGAGCGCCGUACUAAUUGACCACCCUGCGAACACAGAAAUUCUCAUGGAGAGCCUCGUUAAACUUGCAGAUCCCGAGUUCACCAUAGCCAAUGGGCAAAAGUCGAUGACAUUUACAGACGUUGACAAAGAUCUUGUUCUGGAUCUCCUGCGAGCGGUUGGAGGCCUCUGCAAUCAAAUCUUGAAAGCUGAAGAGCAGCAUGAAACACACGCCGCCAAAGUUCUCAGAAGAAGACUAGAUGCGUCAAGAAGACUCCUGGAGGGUCAGUCAAAUGACUAGGAAUGGCGUCUAAAUGAGUCGUCCAACGCCCAUGACUUGAGAGGUGUAUGAGUGUCAACGAAGUAAAGUCAUGGUGGUUUUUGAUUAAUGAAUUUGGAGAUGACUAAAUCUCUGAUUAGAAGUGUUUGGCACCGAGCAGUGCACAUUCACGUAUAUUUUUCUUGGAGGACUUUUGGUGACUGUGAUGGCUUUUCUAGCGUAUACCCAAUAUUCCCUAUGAUUCUGGAAUC